GAAGCCCGAAGGCUGCCUAUCCUGACUAUCCUGACGUCAACUUGGCAGUGCAGGAUUAGUUAGAAGAAGUUGCAUACUACAGUCUGGUUUCCGGCGAUCGAAGACGAAUCGACUAGUCUCGGAGAAAUCUCAGCGCAGCAGCCAUUGGUAAUGCUCGUGUAGGUCGAAUCAGGUGGUUCGCGAUGAAACAGGCGUAAUGUGGGAUUUUAGUGAUAGCAGACGAGAGCAGAAGGGAAGUGAAUGGAAGCAAUGCAAAAUGCUGCCCCGGCAGCCGCAGCAGAUUUUGUCCCAGGCGAGAUUUUUGCGAGGCUGAAUGGUGCUAUGGAGAAGAAGGGAGCAGCAGUGGGCGUCUGUGCCAUGAUGGCAGCGUCAUACGUCGCAGUGUUAUACUUACCUGCCAUAUUUCUACGCAGUCCCAAGUCUAUACGUGAACACAUGCUCCGCCGAUUUGCCUGUGCUGCUGUGGCUUCAGCUCUGGCACCCAUGUUGUGCUUUGCACUUCUGCCAGACCAUCCGCGCUGGGACUCCGAUCCUAGUAUUGUGCUUGAAAUAUUUGGUCUGCGCACGCAUCAUCUGUGGCAGGCCAUUGUACUUCCUUGUCUCUUGACUGGCAUGCUCUAUCUGGGGCCCUUGGUGUUGGCCUUUCUUGACUUGAUUGAGUGGUGUUGGGCCGCGUCACAUGGUGGGCUUAUACGUCAAAUAUGUUCUGUUGUGGUAGUUAACGGAAAGAACAUGGCCUCGGAUGUGUUGGUGUGGCGAAACUGCCUUGUGGCACCUGUUUCCGAAGAGUUAGUCUUCAGAGCGUGCAUGGUUCCUCUGCUUUUGUGUGGUGGCUUCUCUACAACCGCCACAGUCUUCCUCUGUCCCAUGUUCUUUGCGUUAGCCCACCUUCAUCAUUUUGGGGAGUUGAUCACUAGACAGAAGCAGGUGAUAUCUACUGCAGCCCUAAUUGUUGGAAUGCAAUUAGGUUACACUACAGUGUUUGGAUGGUACGCAACAUUUCUCUAUCAGCGGACUGGUCAUUUAAUUGCUCCUAUCGUUGCUCAUAUUGUCUGCAACAUAAUGGGAUUACCCAACGUAGACGAGGCCUUGGCAUCCUCACAUCGAAGAGUUUUAUUCGUCGCCUACGUAGUAGGAUUGGUGGGGUUCUUCCUGGUUCUUGGCCCAUUGUCAGAUCCAAGGUUUUUCAACGAAGGAGGUGAUAGUAGAGGAUGUGACUGCUGGUCUGGGUUCUGCAAGUGGACUGCUCCUCAAAAGCUAUAAGAACUUCUACCUCAUCUUUUGAGACCUCAUUCAAAGGGUUCAGUGACAGUACAUACUUUUAAGCCCUUUGUCAAACCUCAUUCAAAGGGUUCAUGACAGUACAUACUUUAAAGCCCUUUGUCAAGCAUGCACAGCGUCGUGGUAACGUCUAAGGAACAUGCUUGCUAACAAGGGUACCCUCGGUAGACCUUGUACCUUGUAACAAGGCAAAGCAAAGCAUAGAUUCUCAUCUGUGAGCACCUUGGGAAAGAGAAAUGCAUGUGGUUCUUUGUGUUUAGCUUCACAAAAACUUGCUCCGUAGCAAGAAAGACCUCAUCGGUUGACCUCAAGUAGGAGCAGGUGUCUCAUUUGGAGAUCAUGUUGGUUUUAGGUCGUUUUUGAGCGGCUUGCCAUUCGUUGGGUUUUUGCUUUGAUAGUGCUCGACAUAAUCUUUUGACAAAGGUCAAGAUAGACGGAGUGUUUGGGAUUCUAGGAGCAUUUGCAGGGGUAUUACUUCUGGAACAGCGCAGUGGCUCUCGCGAUUGAUUUGAAAUAUGUGAACAUUGCAACGUCUGCAGAAGACACUCCCUACUAUUGAACGAGCUCUCUCGGUUAUCAAGGCGAUUAAUCUACCUCUCAAAGAGAGCUCGGAAGGGCCGAUAGUUCAGAGAUAUGGUUAAAUCAGAGCAGUGAGGGCGUUCAGUUGUAAAAGCAGCUCUUCACGGGCAUUUCCUGCGUUGAUCAGUUUGGGACACUGAAGCACCUUAUUGGGGGUGGAACUUCAUGAGAAGGCGCUAGUUGCAGAGUACCUUUGAUCACCGACCAGUAUCCACAACAGGAGUGCUUAUUUUGUUUUGAAAGGAUUGCACUGUAACAUAUGUGCUUUCAAAAGUAAGAAAUCAAAAUCAUCCUUUGAAUCUAU